AUGGACGAGCUUCUGCUGGCCGGCGCCGGCAGCGGCGAGGAGGACGCCGGCUCCGAACGCUCCUCCUGCGCGGACGAAGAUGGAAUGAUGGCCCGCCUCCGGUCCUUCUGCCGCACCGCUGUUAGCCGGGACGCCCGCCUGGCGCUGCACAAGUUUGCCAAGAGGAACGGCCUCCUGACCUUGUCUGUGGUGGCCGUGCUGACCGGCUGCACGUUGGGAUUCAUGCUGAGGGGGACGCAGCUCUCCACACAGGCCAAGAUCUACUUCUCUUUUCCCGGAGAACUUCUCAUGAGGAUGCUGAAGAUGCUCAUCCUGCCCCUCAUCACCUCUAGCUUGAUGUCCGGCCUGUCCUCGAUGGAGUCGCGGGCGUGCUGCCGCAUGGGAGUGCUGACGGUGACGUACUACCUGUGGACCACGUUCAUGGCGGUGGUGGUGGGCAUCGUGCUGGUGGUCAUCAUCAAGCCCGGCGUGGGCACCGAGAUGGAGAGCAACCGGCUGGGGGGCGGGCCCGUCAUGACCUCGGCCGACGCCCUCCUCGACCUCAUCAGGAACAUGGUGCCGUCCAACCUGAUCGAGGCCACCUUUCAGCAGUACAAGACAGACCUGGUGCCCAUCUUGAAAGUGCCCACCCGGACAGUGACGCCCAAUUUCGUGUACGUGGUUCCCGGCGAAAGCGACGGCAAAGCGCGCACGGUUUUGCUGGAGCUGACGCCGGCCCCCGAGGUGACGUACAAGACGAGUCCCGGCAGCAGCCAACAGAUGAACGUGCUGGGCAUCGUUAUCUUCUCGGCGACCAUGGGCCUGUUGCUGGGCAGGAUGGGUGAACGCGGCGCGCCAUUGGUCAACGUGUGUCAGUGCAUCAAUGAGUGCGUCAUGAAGAUCAUCAACGCCGCCGUCUGGUACUUCCCGUUCGGGAUCAUCUUCCUGGUGGCCGGCAAGAUCCUGGACAUGCAGGACCCCAGCACUUUGGGUCGCAAGUUGGGCUGGUACGGCAUCACCGUCCUGGCCGGCCUCUUCGUGCACGGCCUGCUUCUCCUGCCCUUCUUCUACUUCCUGCUGACUCGCAAGAACCCCUUCACCUUCAUCCGCGGCCUUCUGCAGGCGUUGGUCAUCGCCCUGGCCACCUCGUCCAGUUCGGCCACGCUGCCCAUCACCAUGAAGUGUCUCCUGGAGAACUGCCACGUGGACCGUCAGAUCGCCCGUUUUGUGCUGCCGGUGGGCGCCACCAUCAACAUGGACGGCACGGCGCUCUACGAGGCCGUGGCCGCCAUCUUUAUUGCGCAGGUCAACGACUACGAGCUGGACUUUGGCCAGCUGGUCACCAUUAGCAUCACGGCCACGGCGGCCAGCAUCGGCGCGGCCGGCAUCCCUCAGGCGGGCCUGGUGACCAUGGUGAUCGUGCUGACCUCCGUGGGCCUGCCGCCGGACGACAUCACGCUCAUCGUGGCCAUCGAUUGGAUCUUGGACCGAUUUCGCACCAUGGUCAACGUUCUGGGCGACGCCUUGGCGGCGGGCAUCAUCGCACACUUGUGUCGCAAGGAUUUCCCGCUCAGCGGCGAGGGGAAGACGGUGCCGUCGUACGGCACGACCGAGGAGCGCGUGGACUUGCCCAUGACGCACGUGCACACGCACAAAGAUGGCGACGCGGCGGUGUUGGACAGGCACGCGCACACUGUCUACUACAACAUCUGCCAGGUGUGA